AUUAUCCAAUGUUUUGCUCGCGAGUUGUCUUCCACUUCUGGACGGCGAGUACUGCACACAUUUAAUAUCGUAGACACGUAUUCGUAUUAGGUCGCGUUAUUUUUCUUACGGCAUUAACAGAAGGUGAUAUUGUUUGGAGGGUGUUUUAGCACGACAGCGGGGAUUUAGAAGUUUAACGCGAGGCUGCGUUGCUCUUCGACAAGUGGACUGUUUUAGUACACAGGCUAAUUGUUUUAUUUUCCUGUCAAAAAUUGGGAUCCAGGUUGGACGGAGAGGACAUGUCCUGCGGCUUGUUGGAGUUUUGUCGUCUCCAAGAGCUGAAGACAGUCAGGGACUAUUUGUUCCACGGUCAAACUGAGCCUGUGGAGAACAAUCAAACUGCUGAAAAUGAAUUUUCGUGGGACACCUCUGACUGGGAAACAGCAUGGGACAGUGACAAGAGCAAACAGCAAGAAACUACAUCAGCUACAUCGGUGGAAGAAACCACAGAGCUAAGUGGACCAUGGCUACAGAACUGCAUGGUGUCCCUCUCUCCCUGCUCAGAUCUGCUUGUGGUGGCUCAUGAGCAAAAGGCUGUCUUUCUCUCAGCUAAGUGGCGAACAGAUGGUGGUGGCAGAGAAGAGAUGACCCUAGCUGUGUCUUGGAGUGGAAUACUCAGCACUGAGGAAGGAGAGCGCGUGAGCAGCACCAUCUGUAUACCGCUGGCAAGCCAGAAAAGGAGCUCCACUGGGCGACCGGACUGGACAUGCGUUGUUGUUGGUUUCACAUCUGGCCAUGUCCGCUUCUACACAGAGAAUGGAGUUCUGCUUCUGGCGCAACUGCUUCACGAGGACCAAGUCUUAAAGCUGAAGUGUCGCACGUAUGAGAUCCCUCGCCAUCCUGGAGUAACUGAACAGCAUGAAGAGUUAAGCAUCCUCUACCCUGCUGCCCUGGUCACCAUAGAUGGUUUCAGCCUCUUCCAGUCACUGCGCGCUUGCCGGAACCAGGUGGCAAGAGCGGCAGCUGUUGGUAGUGAUGUGAUUCAGCCUCCUCCCCUGGCUUAUAAGAAGUGGGCUCUCCAGGACAUGGACGCUAUUGUAGACCACUGUAGUGUGGGUGUCAUGACGCUAAAUGUGUUUGAUCAGAUGAAGAAUGCCUCUAUUUUGGGGGGGUUCAAUGCUUCAGUCAAAGGCAGUCCCCCUGCCAUGAGCCAGUACGUGACUGUCGGAGGGGGCCCAUACACUGGCUUUUACUAUGCUGUCGAGGGAAGCACCCAGCCUCUUCUUUCUCACGUGGCUCUCGCUGUGGCCAGUAAACUGACAUCAGCCCUCUUCAGUGCUGCCAGUGGAUGGCUAGGAUGGAACAAGCAUAAGAAUGAAGAUGAGACAGUCCAGAAACACAAGCCCAAAGUUGAACCUGCCACACCCUUGGGGAUCAGAUUUGGUCUCCCGGACUCUCGCCGCCAUGGCGAGUCCAUUUGCCUGUCCCCUUGUAACACGCUAGCCGGAGUCACUGAUGACUUUGGUCGAGUCACGCUGCUGGACCUAAACAGAGGGAUUGCAAUUCGCAUGUGGAAAGGUUACAGAGAUGCACAGCUGGGUUGGUUGCAUGUUCCAGAGGAGCAAGUCAGUCGGGAAAGUUCCCUCUCAACUUCCGUGCCCAGGCGCCAUGCACUGUUUCUGGUUAUUUACGGCCCGCGCAGGGGGAUCCUGGAGAUAUGGGCGAUGCAAUAUGGACCUCGAGUGGGAGCAUUCAAUGUCGGCAAACACUGCAGGUUGCUGUAUGCGGGCUACCGUCUGUUAGGGGUGAACAGUGUGACCAGUCAAGGCUGGAAGAUCCACACCCAUCAAGUGUGUUUGCUGGAUCCAGUCACAGGAACCCUAAGGACUGUGAAUGUUCCCUUCCACCUGGCCCUCAGUGACAAGAAGAGUGAAGGGGCCAAAGAUAUGCAUUUGUUUAAGAAACUGACAACAAUACUCAAGAGCAAAGAUAUGGAGCCUGAUAUUUUGGAGAGUGAGGCCAGAGACGUACUGCUGGAUAUCAAACACUCCUCCAUUCAAAAACAGGCUUUGGAGUCUUUGCUGUCCAACAAGAACAUUCCUGUCUUGUGUCUCACAAACAUCACAUGCGCUUUACUCGGCGCUCUGCAGCAGCAAGACGCCGACCAAGUGGAUCCAGUGUUAAUGCAGCUCUGCUCCUCCCGGCUGAAACUGCUUCAGCUUUAUACUGACAUCCACCACGUGAACUCUUCUGCCGACAGUGAGGAUCGCAACGAAGCUCUGGACUCCCUUGAUGGCAUUGAGGGUGAUUUGGCACGUGUGAGUCCCACCUUGCAACGUUACACCAAGCUCAACUCGAGACCCAGCGUUUCUUUUGUUCAAGACGCACCAGACGCACCUCUUCCCGCCCAAACCUUCCUCUCUCAGACCGAAUGCACAGAGGAUGGGCAGUUAAAGCUUAUCCACCAUUCUGAACCAGAAUGGAACCAGUUAGGGAGCUUCAUCUUCUGGAGUUGCCUGUGUGGUAAAAGCCCACCACAUAAGAUCUGUGACAAACUACAACAGGCUGCCAUUGGCCCAGCACAGCUACUAUCUCUGUUGUUAAGUGUAUGGUUGCAACGAGAAAAGGAGGUGCUCCAGACCCCGACAGAGUGUCUUAAAAACCUUCACGAAUUACUGGUUCUCCUCAGCAACAUGGACGGCGCCAUCGAAGAGUCAUGGGACCCCCAAUCUGUCUCCCCUUGGUGGCAGCAGUGCCGCAACAUCUUGGCGCAGUCACACAACUCUGCGGCCGCUCUGUUGGCUGCUUUUGUUGCUCAUCGUGCCGCUCGGGCCAGCAUCACCAGCAGGGCAGACAGCAAGUUACAGUCAGAGUGGGAAGCAGUGUCUUUGGAGCUGGAGCACUGGGUGGUGUGCGUUCGUCAGCUGGAGGAUGUACUUGUGCUGCAGACGCUACUCUUGGUGCCGCCGACUGUCGGAGCAGCACGAGGCCCCGCUGCACUGUGUUCCAUAAAAACACUGCUGGAGGGAGGCUCAGGUGGCAUCACUGACAAUGUCUCCAAGUGGGUGUUCAGGCACAACCUGGCCCCUGAGCAACUCAAAGAAAUCCUUCAGGAGAGCGAGAAUAAGGAUGAAGAGGGGGCAGGAGAAGAUGUCAAAGUGGUAGAAAGUCGAGAGAACGCGGAUGGAACAGCAGAGGUGUUGAUGACUGUUUGCAAGCGCUUUCCACACUCCCUCUCCCCAAACUUGCUCUUCGCUCAUUGCUGCUGGGAGUAUGUGGUGCAGUGGAACAAAGACCCAGAGGAGGGUCCACACUUGUGCCGGGCCGUUGAACAUCUGAAGCUUGUUUCCAGUCCGCAUAUCCAACUAGGUAUUUGCACGAUGAUGUGGAGUACGUUCAUUGUCAAACGCUUCUCGGCAGCAGCCUUCCUCAUUGAGAAGGUGGGAAAAGCACCCAAAGACCGCCUGUGCCGACGGGAUGUCGGAAUGGGAGACAGAGCUAUGACCUCCUUUUUGGGAUGCUGUGUCCAGCUGCUGCAGGUCCUCAUGGAGGUGACUGGACUCUUGGUUAAGAAUCAGUGCCCAUUGUCUUUUGUCAAUGACUUUGCGGAUUCUGCGGUAGCUGAGGUUCCUCCUCCAGAGCUGUCCGUGGAGGAGGUGUGGUGCGGAGCUGAGGGCCCUGCCUCCAUUGCUAAACUUGCCCUCGAGCAGAAAGGUGUUCACUAUCCCCUGGUGCAGCAUCACUGUCUGCUAGCCUCCCUACUAUACGCCACCUUGACUUUCAGCUUGAAGGUCAAACCCCUCAGCCUGUUUGACAGUAAGGGUAAGAAUGCUUUCUUUCGAGACCUGACAACCAUUCAGCUCCUGCCAAGUGGAGACACCGACCCAGGACUGGUUUUAUUAAGACAGGAGUUUCUUCUCCGGGUGCUCACCGCCUGGGUGCAGUGUAUGGACGAUCCGUCCGUGUCUGCCUCGAGUACCGGACCCCGCAUGCCGCCCUCGAAUGGUCCCCAGGCCGUAUGGUGGCCCUCGCUGUGUCUGGAGCUGGGAGGCCUGCUGCAGGUCACCCCCGACAUCCUGCGGCGCCACCUGGUGUGCCAGCUCUACAACCAGGGCCUGGACCGGCACGCAGAGGAGGUGAUGUUGGAGGUGGAAGACAAGGACGUGCUGGGCUCUCAGCUGCUGAUGAUCACAGGACAAAGGCUGAGCUACUCACUGCUGCACAGUCAGGACCAGACGCAGCCCGCUAUGGAGAUACUGGCCCGCCUGCCCCCCACUUUGUGCACGUGGCUCAAGGCUAUGGACCCCAGUGAGCUGCGUUGCCCCCUGGUAGCCCUCUGGCAGACUAGCAGGCUGGUGGUCCAUGUGAUCGAGAUGCUUCCGGAGAACCACGCCCAGUACAGCCUGGCCCUGCACCUCUUGGAGGCCGCGGACGCCCUUACAACGGAAGAUUGACUCUCUGGACAUUAACAGUUAAUUUUUUUAGGGCAUGACUCACAUGAUGACACAUUAUGAGCUUCUCAAAUAAAUAAUGUUAAGUCAACAAAGGCCACAUUUCCCUUGUUUUCACAUGGAGUUUAUUUCCUUAUUCAUGUUAAUAAUCUUUUUAGCAUCCCAUAUUUUUGUAUGUAACAAUUUAUGAUACUCCUGGAUAUUUGAGUUGAUGAUCCUUUGCUUCAUUCAAGUCUGCGUAACUUGUGUCUGAAGAGGAAGAACCUUGUUUCAUGGUGUGUCUGGAUAAACUGUUGUGAUAAUGGAUGGAUGGAUGUGCAUGUAUGCAAGCACUUCAGUACUCGCAAUGCCUGUAAGCCUUUUUACUAAUUUUGGUCCCAAUGGUGCCAAAAUUAGUCUCAAGUUCUUGGCCUCGCCCUUGCCUCGGAAAAUUUUCCAAGUCCUUGGCCUUGACCUCAGAGUCAAGUCCUUGGCCUUGGCCUUGGGUUGCCGGUCCUUGGACACAACACUGCAAUGGACAGAAUAAACAAAGCGGCUACAGCAUUGAGCUUGUCUUUUUUCAAUGUCCCCCCCCACACCCCUCAGCAAAGAACAUUUCCUCUAUAAAGAGUAAAAAAAAAAAUCUAACCUACAAUAAAGAGGUGUCCAAGCACACAUGCUAGUUCUGCCCAUUCUCACCAGUUUCAAACAGCAAACACGCACAUAUAUAACUGGAUUUCUUUUAAUGUACUCGUCCCCCAUGUAAGUGCAAUUUACAAACAUGAUUUACCUUAUAUACUCCUGACAUGAUCACAUAGUGACACUUUCGUAGUGAAUUCAUCCUCUAUACUUAUAUACACAAAACUAAAACAGCUGUUUAACUGGCUCCCUGAUGGACUCCUCUUCAGUCAAUGCAUUCCAUUAGAAAUACAGUAAACCACCUCAACAUCGUAAGUACAAAGUGUUAAAAGUCUUUGGGAAGCUCCUGGGGUGACACAUUUCUCAG